CCUGGAGACAGAGCGCAUGCGCAUCACUCUGGAUCAGCUGUCUGCAGAUGUGGCUCUAAAAAUCAAAACAGAUUUUCCUGUAGUUUUUAAAAUCUAACAAGCUAUGAAAGUUUCCAUUUUUGUUCUGUUUUGGGUCACGAUCGUUGCUGCAUCAAAUGACGACGAGAGAUUACCGAGUAAAUGCGAAGUGUGUAAGUUCCUGACAGUAGAGCUCCAGGAGGCUCUAGAGAAGACUGGGCGUUCCAAAGAGGUCCUGGAGCUGGGAGAAGUGCUGGACACUGGGAAACGGAGGAGGAAAAUUAAAUACAACACAUCUGAAACUCGGUUGACAGACGCCGUGGAUAACAUAUGUGAGCGUAUCCUGCAGUAUAAUGUUCAUGCAGAGAGGCCGGGGAGCCUUCGAUAUGCAAAGGGUGCCAGUCAAACGAUGACCACCCUGAAGAACCUGGUGCACAAAGGAGUGAAGGUGGACCUGGGGAUGCCUUUUGAGCUGUGGGAUGAGCCAUCUGUGGAGGUGUCAGACAUGAAAAAACAGUGUGAGACGAUGCUGGAGGAGUAUGAAGAGGUCGUGGAGGACUGGUAUUUUCAUCAUCAGGACGAACGGCUGGAAAACUUCCUCUGUUUGAAUCAUGUGCUCAGGACCUCAGACCAGGAAUGUCUCAAGGAGGUGUGGAAGGGGGACAUGGGUGCCAAAGGAGAGACAGACACAGCUGAGAAUGACAAAAGCAAAACUGAAAAUACCCAUGAUGCAUCUGAGCUUUGAGGGAAAAAAGCUGGAAGACCACACUACAACCUCUAACUGAACUAAAGAACAUAUCUUUUGGUAAACACUAUAUUUUUAUAUAAAUUGGUACUUAGUUUAUAAAGGGAUUUAAGAGUACUGGUAUAUGUUUUAUACACUCCAAAAGCUACACAGUAUUUCUGCAAUAUGGCGUUUUGUUUACAGAUUUAGCCAUUUUAAGCGUGUGAAUUAGUUUAAAUGGUGAAGUCCAAUUUAAUACUGUUACUGCCAUCAAGGUUACAAUGGAUGCACUUUUUGAAGAGCCUAUAUUACACUAUUUUCUGAUCUAUGCUCUAAUGCUGUUUCCUCAUUACAGACAUACCUGGAGUUGUGUUUUGUUUCAUUUAUGCAUGUUUAACAUACACACCCUGCAUAUUUAGACUGAGUUCUUCUCUCAAACUGAAAACACAACAGAGUGUUUUCAGUUUAAGAUGUUAUGUGGUAAUACAGUAAGUGUUCCACUGUGUUUUUAAAAUGCAUACACCUUCAUUAGAAUCAUUUGGAUAUUUUCAGCCCUCAAAUUUCCAAUUUCUACUGAAAUAAAGGUAAAAGGUAGUAACUUGUCACUACAUGACAUUACAAGGUGGAACAGAGCAUUUUGAGUGCUGGAAAUGUAGGCAUUUCAAAUCUGUGAAUGAAAUAAAACACAACUCCAGUUAUGUUUUUGAUGAGGUAACGGGAGGUAAUUUUGGAUAACAUACUUUGCAGAUGUUGCCCUGACCUAUUGUAAUACCUGAUGAUCAUGGUGUUUUUACCCAUAUAGCAUAAUGCAUUUUGAACUAAGCAAUAUUUUAAUGUUUGUACAAAAUAAAGAAACAUGUUACAUUUUA